CAGGUUUCUGUCGUACUACACGAAUAAAAACAUCAUUGUGGUUAAUCAUAACGCCCUUAGAAGUUGACAGUUUCGUAACAAAAGAAUUGAGGUUAUGUUAUUUAUGUGAUAAAAGGAUUCCCAAAACAUGGCAACAAAUUACGCAAAAUACGCUCAACUUAUCAAACAUUCAAGCAACUAUGCGCAGCGAAUGAAGCGCCUAUCCAACCGCAUCUUCGGCGAGGUGGCUAUUCCCACAAAUCCCAAAUCCAUGAAGGUGGUAAAGAUGUUCUCAGCGAAGCCCGUUCACACGAACGAGGAGAUCAUCCACUACUACCCGCGGCACGUGGAGACGCACGCGUUGGUGCUGCGGCUGCGCGAGUACGGGCUGUUCCGCGACGAGCACCAGGACUUCAAGGAGGAGAUGAAACGGUUAAGGGAACUGCGGGGGAAGGUAAAGGUGUGGCGCCGGUAUGCUGACAAGGAGAAAACGGAAUGAGUGUCCCAUUGGUUACUUUAGCUGCCUAAAUGUUCUCCUUCAAGAACUAUAAUCAUUGCUUGGUCAAUGUUGGUGUAGUCACAAGACUUAGGCAGAAGAAGUUGUGACAUUUGUAUAUUAGUGAUUGACUAGUUUGAUAGUUAAUUUGAAUAAUUAUAUCAUAGGAGCUAUUGUUUCACUUUCCAACAGAUUUAGUUGUCCCAGUGCUGCAUUUGCAAUGCAGAGACAUUGUUUUGGUUAAUGUGAAAUAUAUAUUUAUAUUGUAAAUAAAACCUACUGUGAAAA